AAAUUCGCGGAGAAAAUCUGCGAUAGAAUGAAGUGUUUUGUUAGCGAACGUUAAGAAAUAUUAAUGAUGAAGAAUUUUACAGUUUCAGGAUGCUCGAGGCAGCGUCAAUUGGCGAUCGGCAAAGGUAGAGACAGGAGCACAGUGAUAAUCAAACUGAGAAGAGAAGAUAAUUCAAACUUUUUUUCCUACAUCGGUCGUCAAGAAAUCCGGUAGGCUGAUCAUUUCCGGUCGGCCGACUUUCGUUCAUUUGGGAAGUUUUCUACAGGGAAAAAGGAAACACCAACAGAGGAGGAAUUCUUCACUCUAGAGAUAUUAAUUUGUUAUGCUCUUCUCACAGUAGACGCAGAUAAACGUAAAGAAAUUGUAACGUAUAAUGGUACGUUUCAAAUCAGAGGUUGACAGCAUGUUCAUCAGGCAGACUGUCGUCGCUUUGCUGCUUCUUUUUUCAUUUAACGGACCUACAAACUUCGCUCAACAGACUCAGACACCUUGCGGUGGAAACUUGGAUGUGAUUUUAUUGGUGGACACAAAACUCUACUUGUCCGAGAAUGAUUGGACGUUGACAAAGAACGGUCUGUCCAACAUAGUCAGCACGAUCGAUCGCCUGUACCGAGUCUCUCCGAGCGGUACGCACGUCGGUGUCGGUUUCUACAACUCGGUCGGUUUUGUUACGCUAAGCGUCGGCAGCGGCACUUCCACCAGCGUCGUACAAAAUGCUAUCCAGGCCCAAAGUUACCAAGCCACCGAUCAGCAAAUUUCAAAUUUGAAGGAUGGACUCAGAGCUGCCAUGGACGAUUUUGCAAGCAACUCGAGAAAUGUGUCCCAGCCCUUCAGCACAACAAUGGUGCUCAUUGUUUUCAUCAACAGCAGAAUGGACGAUGAAUCGGCAACUGUCAUUCAAGCGAAUGUUCUCAAGUACCGAAACAUUCGAAUCUUGCCCAUCGCUAUUUCACCAGACGUUCCUCUGCCGUCGUUGAGACAAAUUGCAUCGUCGCCAUCCUCGGUACAAUACAUUCCUUAUCAAAAUAUUGGUAACGCAUGGACAUCACUUUCGAGUCUUUCCUCUACUUUUUGUCCAACAGUCGCUGAGAUUGGCAGGCCUGGCGAUACAGGGGGGACGGGAGCUACAGGUAUUAGAGGAAACGAUGGAGCACAAGGUUAUCCAGGCAAUCCUGGUUACCCAGGUCCUCAAGGAUCACCUGGUAUUUUGGGAUUUACAGGAAAUCCUGGUCAGCCUGGCCCUUCUGGACCAAACGGUCAACCGGGACCGUCUGGAAGCCCUGGAACUCCAGGAACGCCAGGUCAACCAGGAACGCCAGGGUUUGUAGGACCAGCUGGUCCUCCAGGUUUACCCGGUCUUCCAGGACUGCCAGGUGGUCCAGGAACAAAUGGCCAACCUGGCUCGCCUGGACCCACUGGUCCUACUGGUCCGAGAGGUCAAAACGGACAGAAUGGUCAGCCAGGAUUUCCAGGCAUUCAAGGAGUUUCGGGACAACCUGGCGAACCUGGUUUUCCAGGUCAACAAGGUGGACAAGGUAACACAGGAUCCUCUGGAGCACAAGGUCAGCCAGGAAGUCAGGGUUCAACUGGAUCUCCCGGUAUGAAAGGUCCACAGGGUGCAACAGGACCAGCUGGAACAAAUGGGGCACCUGGUUUACAAGGUGAUACAGGCUCUGCCGGUUACCCCGGGUCACCCGGUCCUCUUGGACAGCCUGGUCUUCAAGGUGAUACAGGCACACCUGGAGGAACUGGUUUGCCAGGACCUGUUGGACCAAUAGGUCCUGCUGGAAGUAGUGGGCUGAAUGGACCACCUGGACCCCCGGGACCUCAGGGACCACAAGGACCGCAAGGACAAAAAGGAACGUCUGGCGAUACGGGGCCGCAAGGUCAACCGGGAGGAAUUGGACCAAUCGGCCAGCCAGGAUUUCCGGGCUUCCAAGGUUCACCAGGUCAACCAGGAUCGAAAGGUGCAACAGGACCCUCAGGAAUUGACGGACAACCGGGACCUCAAGGACAACAAGGUUAUACUGGUACUACUGGAUCAACCGGUCAAUCAGGAGCAAUUGGACCGGUUGGACCCCAAGGAUCGCAGGGAGCCCAAGGAAACACUGGUCCCUCUGGUCCUCUUGGUCAGCCUGGUCCCCUCGGUCAGCCCGGCCAGCCAGGAUCUGUUGGCAUUCAAGGAUCUCCUGGCCCGCUUGGUAAUCCUGGACCACAAGGUUUACAAGGACAGUCUGGUUUACCUGGAACAGUUGGCAACACUGGGUUUCCUGGGCCUACUGGAUUCAACGGACAACCAGGACCUGUCGGUGCUCCUGGUUCAAAAGGUCCAUCUGGAUCACCUGGACCACUGGGUAAUGUUGGUCAACCUGGACCUUCCGGAGACAUUGGAUUACCUGGUUCAACUGGUCUUCCAGGAAGUGCCGGAUCAACUGGUGCUACUGGGUUUCCUGGCUUGCCUGGUGCAACUGGUCAAUCUGGAUUUCAAGGACCACUAGGACCUGCUGGACCUUCUGGGAAUAAAGGAAGUCCCGGAGAUACUGGAGCACCUGGACAGAUGGGAUUAGCAGGGCCACAAGGUGCUACUGGAUUUCCUGGACCAUCUGGUCCAAUUGGUCAACCCGGUCCAGCUGGUUCACCAGGAUCACAAGGUCCACAGGGAGCCAUUGGACCGAUAGGAUCUCCUGGCAUUUCUGGACAGCCCGGACAACCGGGUCUUCCUGGAUUAGCAGGUCAAACAGGGCAGCCAGGGCCUGCUGGUUCUGCUGGGUCUGCUGGACAACCUGGUCAACCCGGAGAACAAGGAUUUCAGGGACCCUCUGGACCUGCUGGUUUUCCAGGACCAAGCGGAGACUUGGGUCUCCCGGGACCACCAGGAUCCAGAGGACCUCAAGGAGCUACUGGUAAUACAGGAUUCAUUGGACAACCAGGACCAGUGGGUCAACCAGGUCAACAAGGACCUCUAGGACCUGCAGGGCCCAUAGGUGGAUUAGGGCCAGCAGGACAGCCGGGUUUACCUGGACAGCCUGGGCAGCAAGGACCUUUGGGACCCCAAGGUGACACUGGUCCAUCUGGUCCCGCUGGACCUACUGGAAAUCCUGGUUUUGUUGGAGACACUGGAUCUGCUGGUCCCUUGGGACAGCAAGGAUCUACAGGUCAACCUGGGCCACUUGGACCGGCGGGACAGCCAGGACCUAUUGGCCAACAAGGUCCAUCUGGUCAACCGGGUCCUGCUGGGCCUCAAGGUCAACAAGGAGGAAUUGGACCACAAGGACCACCAGGCUAG